AAAAUAAAAGAGGGAACGUAUUCAUCCAUCGCCAACAGCUUAUUCAUCUGGAAUAAAAAGAAGCUGUCCCUUUUCCCAAACUGCACAGGAGUCAGUAGGACGUGUCAAUGGGGCAGUUAAAAUCCAAGCAUGGUGGGUUGGACCCAGUUGUUGUCCCCAAUGUCCACUUCUCAACCAAUGAUGAAGGACCUCCCACGUAUUCCCAUGGUCUUCCUUCAACCGUCAUCUCAGAUGUCGAGUCAAGUGCAUUGGAAGGUGGCUCAAAGGCGGGGCUACAGAGAUUUUCCGCCUACAGCACGUUAGACAUGGUGCCACAGCAGGGUCAUUAUGCCAAAACAAUUAUGCAAAAGAAUCUGAGGAGCCGACCAUCUCUUGAGGCUCUCCGCAAGGCAUUUAAGGAGGCGGAUGCGGAAAUAGAGGUCCCAACCACAGACUCAGGAGAUAGCAGUCUGCCAGACAGUGGAACUGAAGAGUUAAAAGCUCCACAGGCUCCUGUUAGAUUUGGCUGGAUUUUUGGAGUCCUGAUACGUACCAUGCUCAAUAUUUGGGGAGUCAUCCUCUUUCUGCGGCUAACGUUGAUCACUUCUCAGGCAGGCAUUGUGUUGACCUGGGUUAUCAUCCUGAUCUCUGUUGCGAUUACCACAAUAACUGGCCUUGCCAUCUCUGCCAUCGCCACCAACGGGAAGGUACUCUCAGGUGGGCCGUAUUUCCUGAUGUCCCGCUCUCUGGGUCCUGAAGUUGGUGCCCCAAUUGGGGUAAUCUUUUCCUUCGCCAACUCUCAGGCCAGUGCGCUUAACGCCGUUGGCUUUGCAGAGGUGGUCCAGCAACUGCUGCAGGCGUCUGGUAUCAUCAUGGUCGAUCGAUUGAAUGACAUCCGUAUCGUGGGCGUGAUUACACUUGUUUUUCUUCUCCUCAUUUCAUUGGCUGGAAUGGAGUGGGAGACCAAGGCCCAGGUUGUUUUCUUUAUAGCUCUCAUGUCCUCAUUUGCCAACUACUUGGUGGGAACAAUCAUCCCACCCUCUAUAGAGAAACAGUCCAAAGGCAUCUUUGGAUACAACAGUAAGAUCUUCAUAGCGAAUCUGGCCCCAAAUUGGAGAGGACCUGAUGGCAACUUUUUCCAGAUGUUUGGCCUUUUCUUCCCUGCUGUCUCCGGCAUCCUGUAUGGAGUUAACAUCUGUGGAGACCUCAAAGACCCUAAUGUUGCUGUCCCCAAAGGCACCUUACUGGCUAUUUUCUGGACUACAAUCUCCUAUCUAGCUAUUUCUAUAACUGCUGCAUCGUGUGUGGUGCAGGAUGCCUCCGGUAAUAUAACUGACAUUAUGACUGCAAAUAUGACUGGUGACUGUCUGGGUCAGGGAUGUCAGUUCGGCUGGAACUUCACAGAGUGCAUCGUGUCACAGUCUUGUCAUGAUGGUCUGGCCAACACUCAAGAGGUAAUGGGCCAACUAUCAGCUUGGUACUACCUCGUCAACGUUGGUUCCUUUGCAGCCACCUUGUCGUCUUCCCUUGGCUACCUCGUCUCCGCUCCUAAAAUAUUUCAGUGUCUGUGCAGAGACAACAUAUACCCAUACAUUGGAGUCUUUGGCAAGGGCUAUGGGAAAAAUGAUGAGCCACUCCGGGCCUAUUUGCUGUCCUUCAUCAUUGCUGUGGCCUUUACUCUCAUUGGUGACCUGAACAUCAUUGCAAUGUUGAACUCAAGCUUAUUCAUGGCUGUCUACACCAUCAUCAACUUUAGCUGCUUUCACGCUUCAUUCACAAACUCUCCAGGUUGGAGGCCGCAGUUUAUUUACUACGAUAAAUGGGUAUCUUUAUUCGGAGCAGUGGUCUCUUUUGUCCUGAUGUUCAUAUUUAGCUGGUGGGCUGGUCUUGUCACUCUGAUCAUCUUCAUCCUCCUGUGGCUAUACAUCUACUAUAAGAAGCCAAACCUGAACUGGGGUACAUCAAUCCAGGCCGGUUCAUACAACAUUGCUCUGUCAGCCUCUGUUGCACUAGCUUGUGUAGAGGAUCAUGUCAAAAACUUUAGACCACAAUGUUUAGUCCUGACUGGGCCACCAACCCAGCGACCAGCCCUGGUGGACUUCGUUAACUCCUUUACCAAACACGCAAGCCUCAUGAUCUGCGGAGACAUAAUCAUGGACAAGAAGACUCGGCCACAGGAGGCCACAGAUCGGUUGGUAAAGUGGAUGAACAAGAGGAAGGUGCACUCCUUUUAUUCUCCUUUCCCUGCUGGCAGCCUCAGAGUUGGAGCUCGGAACUUGCUACAGGCUUCUGGUCUUGGCAAGCUGAAGCCCAACACUCUGGUCCUGGGCUUCAAGUCAGACUGGGAGGACAGUUCUCCUGAAAGCAUUGAAGAUUAUGUCAACACAAUAAAUGAUACCUUCGACUCCAACUACUGUCUCUGUAUCUUGAGGAUGAUGGACGGACUGGAUGUGUCUGACCAGUUUAAUUUUGAAGUGAACCAGGCGUUUGAGCCUGAUGAAUCUGCUGAAAAACGGGACCAGCAAUCUUCUGAGGGGGAACCCACUGACGAUGUGACCGUUAAAGGCGAUAGUAAUGAGACAGUGUUUCAGGAUGAUCAGGGGAAGAAAACCAUCGACAUCUACUGGAUAGCAGACGAUGGAGGUCUGACUCUGCUGGUGCCUUACCUGAUCUCCAGGAGGAAACGCUGGAGCCGAUGUAGAGUCAGAGUUUUCAUCGUAGGAGAGCAACUAAACAAGGAGGAAAGCCGCAAAGAGAUGCUUGCUCUUCUGAAACGGUUUCGUUUGGAUUUUAAAGACGUUAGAGUCCUGACAGACUGCGAGAGGCGUCCACAGACCAAGAACCUUGAUAGGUUUUUCGACAGUGUUGCCCCCUUCAGGCUGUAUGAUGAACCGCAGGAAGGUGUCUCAGUGGCUCAAAAUGUCCCAUGGAAAAUAUCGGACAGAGAGUUUGAGGCCUUCAAACUUAAGUCUGAGACAAAAGUGAGACUAAAUGAAAUCAUCCGAAAGAAUUCAAAACGGGCUGCUCUCGUGUUUGUGAGCCUUCCAGUGCCACACAGCGACUGCACCAGUGCUCUGUACAUGGCCUGGCUGGACACUCUGACCUAUGGCCUCCACUGCCCUGUGGUGCUGAUACGAGGAAACCAGGAGAACGUGCUCACUUUCUACUGCCAGUGAAUCAAUAAGUGGUCU